AUGGGAAUCUCCGCUUCGCGCGACUCCGGCGAAGCGACUUUAUCUCGUCGUGGCAGAGCUCCUGCAACGGACGGAAUUGGGGGUCUCUGCGGUGGAGGAAAUUAUAACGAGUUGGACGUUACUAGCGAGCUCGUUCCCGGGUCGUUGUGUGAAGGAGAAACCAGCCCUGGAGGUGGAGCGUCUUCGAACACCAUCAAGGGGAAAAGCACAACAACUUCUGCUAUCGGGUUCCGCAUCGACACUAGCCUGUUUCUUCAACAAGGCCGCCCAGGUGGAAGAACACCAGCUGGUGCAGCGUCGAACCAACUGCAGAGGACUGUGGUCUCAGUUGCACCAUCUUCCGCGCCGGCCUCGGAAGGGGACGAAGACGAGGGGUACAGCAGCUCGUAUUACAGCAGUGGCAGUGGUUCCGGGACAAGCCAAAGUGAAAAUGAGGAAGAUCGCAGGCGCGACUCGAAGGGAAGCGGCCGGAGCAGCAGCGGGUCUUCACGCGUAAGUGGAAGCGCGGGCGAAAAAUAUGGAGACGAAAGGAGCAGUUGCAGUUUGGCUACGCCAAGGAGGCCAAGUGAAAUUUCUACGAAGGCGGGGGCCCCAGCAGGGGUUGAGAAGCAGCUCUCUCUGUUGGAAAUCAAGAACCAGGCACGGCAGUCCAGCGUGAUAACACCCUCCAGUAUCGUCCACAGAAAAAAUUAUUGUCCCAUCCCCAUCCAGUUUUUGCAUGACAAGAAACAGUCGCUCUGAUGCAUGUUUUGCAUGACAGAUUGGAUGAGGAUGGGUCUCUCAUUUUCAUCCUGGAUAUGCAGCACCCCGAGGAUCUCCCCGGUGAUUCCGAUCAAAAUCCCCCCGAAAAAAAAGCGAAAGCAGCUGUUUCUGGUCCCAAGUAGAAGUAGGUGCAGUGGAGGUGCUGUUGCUGGCAGCUUUUCAUCCAAUACAGUUGGUGAUCAUGAACAACUGCAACAAGAUCUUGCGCCUCUGUGUGCCGGUUUUUUUGAAAAUAACGCGGGGUGGUUCCACCUGGGCGGUAUAACGAAUAACUUGGCGAUUUAUCAAUUGCGAAAAUGUCUGGGUCUGGAAGCGUCUGAGUUUGUCAUGCUACGUCUGGACGAUACAAAAAUCUGUAUUGCGCAAGCAGCAGAAGCCGUCCACUUUUGGACACCAGAAGAUGGCAUUUCUCAUGCAGAAUAUGCAUUGGAAGGCCUUCUCAAAACUUGUGAUGCAACAGCUCGCAUUGCGGACCUUCUAACAGAUUUUGUAACCUUCCAGACCCAGACAUAUUUGCAUUCGAUACGAUUCUGGUGAAAACGAUUACCGCAAAGAGGAAAGCGAACAGCUCUACGUCUGCAAAUAAAAGCAGAACCGCGCAAGAAGAACAACUCGCGGAGAUUUUGCAAGCCGCGAAGAAAGCGACGACAGCCGAGUAUCCUGUGCAAAAGUAUCGUACUCGUAUAAAUGCAGGUCUUGCAUCACAAAUAUUUUUCGUACGGUAAAUCAGCAUGACAAAUUUUAUUUCUCGUGCUGAGAAAAUUUGUCAUGCGAUUUAUACUAGUACAAUACUUUUGCAGUUCAUACCGAGGAAUUUUUGACGAAGGUCCUCUUCCACGACUACAAUCAAACCCAUAUCCACCUGUGCAAAAGUAUCGUACUUACGUGUCGUUGUACUAGUUGUCGCAAUUUUGCAUCAUACUACCAGAGCUACGCUCUGAAUACCUGAAUUUGCAUGGCAUCAAAUUGCGUUUUCUUCUCGAUAAGUGGUUUCUUGUCAUGCAAUAGCAAUUUCUGCUAGGUCCGUAUUACUUGCAUUGCAUAGCCGAGGAUUGUUUCCCAAUUCUCCACGGUGACGGGCCGUUGGAGUUCCUUCCGGCCAACGGGUCCUCCGUGCCCUUUAUCAAAUGCAAGAAUGUCUGGGUCUGGAACAACGCAACUUGUCAUGCUAAAUCUGAAUCAUGUAAAAAUCUGUGUUGCAUGAUUACCAAAAGCUGUCCACUUUUGACCUAAUCGAGAGGCAGUUUCUCAUGCAGGAUAGGCAUGAUAGAACUCUCACAGAGUCUGUAAUGCUAUGUCCUACAUACCAGACCUCAUGGGUCAUGGAAAACCUGCAUGACAAGGCUGGCACUCUUCCAGACCCAAACAGUUUUGCAGUUGAUACCCUUCAGCUGGAAAAAUUUCAAGUUCCCCGGGUUGAAACCGAUCCCCAUCGGGUCCACGAACAACACGUUUUCCGGCGGCUUCCACUGUUUUCAAUUUCGCAUCGAGAUUCCGAAAGAGGAGCAGUCGAAAAUCCAGCAGCGCUACAACUACUUCAACAGCCAAUGCGAAGACUAUUUCUCCUGGUUCCGGAAAUACGAAAGAGGCGAAAUCAACUCCAUUCCCAACAACCAGAAGGCAAAGAAUAUCAAAGAACUGCAGCAAAAAGCGGUGGAGUCCUACUCGAUCCCGGGCUUGACGUUUGGCUUUUUGAUCGAAAACGAACGCCACAAAUCGAACCCCUUCUUCCGAGGAAAUAGCCACGGAGUGUUAUCAAAUGGAAAAUAAAUCCCCCCCCAUAUCGAAAUGGAAAUCUGUGAUGCGGGAUUUGUGUACACAAAUCGGCUUUGUCUUGCAGUAGAGGACUGCAGACAGAUACCAAGCCGGAGUAGGGGCGUUUUGGUGUAGGCGCUUAGCAAGGCAGGCGCGUCCUCCGUAGGCCAUACAGCACUACAAACUGCGCGCAGGGCGCCCCGAGGUUUUUGGAUUUGCCUUCUUGCAAUACAGCGACGAUUUGUGGUCUCAAAUCAGCAUCGCAAAUUUUCAGAAGUAUCCCGGUCUAGUAUGGGGAGGGGGGAUUUUUUCUCACAAUAAGUGUCAAGGACCUUUGUCGGCAUCGUCAACGGAGAUUCUUUAUGCACUGCAAAUAUGUCUGGGUCUGUAAAGUUGAAACUUGUAAUGCUGGUCGUACAUUCCUGUGGGAUCUGUAUUGCAUGACCCACAAAAGCCUCAGCCUCCCUUGUCAUACGAAAACGCAGUUUCUCAUGCGGAGCGCGUAUGAGGAAGCGUUCUGCAAACUUGUCAUGCUCUCCUGCAUGAGGGAGCGUUUUCGUCAUGCACAUUUUAGCAUGACAAAUUUUCAGACCCAGACGUAUUUGCAUUUGAUAUGCUUGGUCGGACGGCAUGCGAAUCCGGAAGCUGAACCACUUCACCGGCAUCCCCUGGGCUUUAUGAACUGCAAGUAAGUAUGCCUAGGUCUGGAAGAUUGCCUCGUUUGUCAUGCACAUUUUGCAUGACCCAGAAGGUCUGGAAUGUGGGCUCUAGCAUCACAAGUUUUGUUGAAAAGGCUACGCAAUGCUGACUCUGGAUGAGACAUGCCGCGUUCAUCUAGUAAUAUUACUAUUAACCAAAAGUGAGGACUUUUGCUGGAGGUCACGCAACACAGAUUCUUGUAUCGAUCAGAAUUAAUAGCAUGACAAACUCAGUAGACUCACUCUUUCAGACCCAGACAUAUUUGCAUUUGAUAGGCUUUGUGCACGAGUAAUCAGUUUUUGACGUGCUACCUGCCCGCGGUCUGUCAACACAGCGAGAGGGGGAAUGAAGGUAUGGAGAGAAAAAAGUUUGUCACAGUCACUGACUUGCAGGGUUUGCAUUAGAGUGGGGUAACAAACCUCCCACCAGAAGUUGCAGGCCAACUUCCCAUCCACCCGGCCGGGUGGAUGGGAAGUUGGCUUGAUUGGCCUGUCCGCGUCGCCCGCCCACCCCCCGCUCGCCCCUUCGCUACCACCAGCUGAGACUCGACCACCCUCGACAGCAGCAGUAUGUUGCCGCCUGUCCGCCCAUGUUUGUCCUUACGGGGCCCCAUAUUUGGACAGAGACAGAAGCGGGUGGUCUACUCCAAUAACAAACCUGUUGGAUGUCCAUCGGCUUCUUCAGAGAUAGAGGCGCCGCGUCUUCUACAGCGGUAGGUUGCGACUUGUCCGCCUCCGAGUUGCGAGUCUCUCUGGUUUAACUCGCAACCACCCACCCAAGCCGGUGGCUUAACUCGCAACCAGAUGGCGUUACGCUUCUGGGAGAUCCGUUUAGUGUCAAUCUCACUCGUUAAAUUUUGUUUAAUUUCUUAGUCGGCGAGAUCGAUCGUGGUAAGGCAAACGCCGCCACGAAACGCGCCCGCCCCGCCGAAUGGCGGGCGAGAAAUCUGCAAGCAUGCAGAAGAUAGCAAGGGCUGACGCUCGAAGAGCGUGCGCUGCUUUGCUCGACCACACCCGCCCGCCCUUGUCUCGGUCGCCUGGGUAUGACAGGCGCGCAGAUCCUAGCUGCCAGACACUAUAGGACGUUUCGCAACUGCUCGAACUCGCCAACGCAUGCGCCGUCGUUGCGCGCCAUUCUUGUUGUGGCGCCCUCGUGCGGCACUGAAUGCAGUUGGUGUCGGUUUCACCUCAGCCCCUUGUGUGGUGUUGGCUGUGACCCCGCCUGCGGGGAAAAUCAACCCUCGCUCCUCGCGGACCUCCACCUCCCUCACACUCGCGGACCCCGCGCAUACGAGCGUGCGUGCAAAGGCUCGCACGAAAUCGACGGCAUGGGAUGCAGCCUGCUGCCGCAGCUGCUUGCCCAUGAUCUGCCCUGCGGGGGGGCUCGCGGCUGGCGCCGUCGCGUCCCCAUGUGCAUAUUCGCUUGACGUGUCGCGCACACCAAGCGCAAAUGCGGAUAAAGAGGGCGGCUAGCUGUAGCUAGCGCUUCGCCCAUAUCAGCCGCUUUAUCGAGUCUCGUCGAGGGUGGAAAUUAACUCGUAACCACCCACCCAAGCCGAUGGCUUAACUCGCAAGCAACCAGAUGGCGUUACGUUUCUGGGAGAUCCGGGAUCCGGGGACGAGCGGGGGGUGGGCGGGCGACGCGGACAGGCCAACCAGGCCAACUUCCCAUCCACCCGGCCGGGUGGAUGGGAAGUUGGCCUGCAACUUCUGGUGGGAGGUUUGUUACCCCACUCUUACAAAUUUUUUUAGCAUCACAAAUUUUUCUUGUAUUGCAGAAACACUAGGGAAAUCCCUUAUGAAGUUCGGCUGUGAUGCAUUUUUACGCAUGACAGAAAGUUUUGUAUUGCAAAAAUGCGCAUGAGUGAUCGUGACGAACUUUUUUUGUUUGAUAGGAGGAGUCAGAGACUCCAUGUACUUUGCGUUGCAGUUUGGAAUAUGAACUGCAAAAGUAUCGUACUAGUAUGAAUCGCAUGACAAAUUUCCUCAGCAUGAGAAAUAGAAUUUGUAAUGCGGAUUUAACUAGGCAAAAAAAAUUGUAAUGCAUGAAUGCGAUUAGUACGAGUACGAUGCUUUUGCAGAGGAUAUGGAAACCACCUAUACCUCAAAUUGUGGAUCGGUAGCGAGGGACUGGGACAAGGUAAUAGUACUGCUUGUUCUACUGGCCGUGAGACGAAUUUCGAUUCUGAUGGCAGAUCAUCCUCAAGAACAGCUUCUACUGCGCAAGAGAACUUCUACACUAUGAGCAACAUUUUCCAGACCAGUAACAAUCUCAAUCUCUCCGUUCGUAUGGAAGGUGGAAAAAAGUUCGUCACAGUCACUAGUCUGCUGGUUUUGCAUGAGAAAUUUUUCUGACAUCACAGAGCUUUCUUGUAUUGCACAAACACAAAGGAAAUCUCGUAUGAAGUUUGACUCUCAUGUAUUCUUACGCAUGACAGAUUGCAAAAAUGCGCAUGAGUGAUCGUGGCGAACUUUUUUCCUUGGAUAGUUCGCCCGAUCCUCACCUUUCUUCCCGUGACCGAAACCACCAACCCAGAUUCCUCGAUUCUGCGGAUCAAGAACGUGGAAGUUCGCCUGAACUGCCCGCAGUUUGUGGACGGCCAGGUCGCAAACGUGCUGCAGAAAAUCAACGAGAGGAUUGAGGUAUCCUGUGCAAAAGUAUCGUACUCGUAGUAAUUGGAAUUGCAUUCAUGCAUUACAAAUUUUAAUUUUCUUCUUAAGGUUAAUCCGCAUGGCAAAUUUGUUUUCUCAUGCUGGGGAAAUUUGUAAUGCAUUUAUACGAGUACGAUAGGAUACUUUUGCAGUUCAUAUGAGGAACCGAUAGCGGUCGGGAGUCUUGACGUGCCGGGGGGCGGGUGGUCCUCUUCGUUGACUGAUGGGGUAGAACAAGUUGCCGAACUGCGUCAAAGUUGCUCUGGUGACCGCCCGUCGUCCAAGAAUGGUAGUACUCCUGGAAGUGAACAGAACACCACAGCUGAACCGGAAGUUGCUGCUGGUGGAUCAUCUUCCGAGCAAACAUCUGCCACAACUUCCACGCGCGGCGCAACCCCUAGUACUCAAAACCAGAAGCAGCAGAAGAAACAAACUUCGAAGAUCGAGGAUAUCGGCCAGCGUGUGUUUCAGGGUCCCUGGAAGUGUUUAUGACAGUGCACGGGCCCAUCUUCCCCUCAUGCUCAUUUGUGAAGCAAAAACCCGAAUCAAUCCAGUUGCUACCUUGUGGCACUGUUUGCAUCACGAAUACACGGAAGCCCAAACAGUACUACAUUAGGCACACAAGAAGUUUGUCAUGCUCAGGCUCCACGUGGACGUGUGCUAGCUGGUGGUGGUGUUUGUGCUGCUGUUCAUGCCAUACAAAAGAGGGGAAGUAGGGGGAGUUGUGCACUCGCAUAGUGUUCGCUUUGCGGCGGCAACAACGAGCCCGGGUCUUCGACCUGCGCUUUUUGCGGAAGGAAGAACAUGUCCAAUUGGUUAUUUCACCCCUCCGCGAACAAGGACGAGGUGCGCGCCAGGAUGCAGACAGAGCAACGGGCCAAUAUCAAAUGUAAAAAUGUUUGUCUGGGUCUGGAAGAAUGCGAGAUUUGUCAUGCACGUUCUGCAUGAGCCAUCAUGAUGUCUGUGAUGCAUACCCUGGCAAUACAGAUUUUUUGAGUUCUUUUUGAUGCCUAUUCCGCAUGACAGAUGCCUUCUCAGCGUAGCAAAAAUUGCAUUCCCUUUCUUUGGUACUCAUGCAAUACAGAUUUUUUUUGGAAUCCUAACGCAGCAUCACAAGUUGCAUUCUUCCAGACCCAGACAUUUUUACAUUUGAUAGCCAAAGUGAACAAGCGAAUGCUGGUCAGCGAUAAGAGGUUUUCGGAAAUCUUGACGGAACAGGAGGAAAACAGUGCGCGGAGCAGGGGAGGAGCGGCAGAUUCUAUCGGUGGAGAAACAUCAGCAGAAACAACAAACAUUUUCAGUGGUGAACUAGAGCUCUCAACCUGCCUGGGACGCGGCGGCACGAGCACGAGGGAAGAUCAGCAUUAUGGUGGAAAAAAUAGAAGUAGUGUAGGACCUUGCUUCCUCGGGGGGAACAGUGAUGGAAAUAAUCCGUUCGAGCUGACGAAUUUCAAGCGCAAGUCGGUGUUCGAGAUAAAGAGCAAGCGCAACCACGAGCAGGUGAGCAAAGGAAAAGGUCAGGCACUAGGCGGCCAUGGGACAACGACAACGACGUCGAGUUCUUCACCCAACACGACUUUGGUGCCGGCUCCGAAAAAAAAUCACAAGCGGAACACGACGCAAGUGCACUUGUCAUUUCGAUCUACUUCCAGUUCUAGUUACGUGCCGCACAGCGAGCAGGAGCUGUUCGGGCGGAUGAAAAUAAAUCGAGGAACAACAACUACGAACACUCCGGGUGCAAAUAAAGCCAGCACAAGAACUACACCGCGGCAAGAAACGAAAACAAAUUCAUCUGCUCGCUCGUCGUCGACGACAGGCAGUACGUAUGAAUUGCAAAAGUAUCGUACUCGUAUAAAUGCAUUACAAAUUUCCUCAGCAUGAAAAAUGAAAUUUGUAGUGCAGAUUUGCCUUAAGAGAGAGAUUUGUAAUGCAUGAUUGCAAUUACUACGAGUGCGAUACUUUUGCACAGGAUAGUACGACAGGAACAGACCAGGAUCGACGGUUGACACAGUUAGAGGAUAUCAAAUGCAAAUGUGUCCGGGUGGUAUGGAAGAGCGCAAGGUUUGGCAUGCACAUUUUGCAUGACUCCUGAUGUCUGUGAUGCAUGCUCUAGCGUCACAGAAUUUAUUGCGAGGGCUUUCUGAGGCCUAUACUGCAUGAGAAAUUCCCUCUCGCUGUGGCAAAAACUGGACCUCUUUUGCUGUUCAUGCAAUACAGAUGCAUUGUGGAACCAAAAGCCAGCAUGACAAGUUGCAACCUUCCAGACCCAGACAUAUUUGCCCUGCAUAGAGCAGUACCAGAAGCGAUUCAUGCAUGCGGACCUGACCGGGGAGGCAGACAAGUUUGUAUCGGAGGAGAAAGCUGCUUCGCUGUAAACUUGUGAUGCAAAACUUGUAAAAGCAAACUCCGACACAGUAAGAGCACUUUUUUCUCCCGAUAAUGUAUGAACGUCCAGGUGUACCAGAUGCACUCGCCCAGAAAGCAGAUAUCCAGUGCAAAAGUAUCGUACUUGUAGUAAUCGCAAUGCCAAUGGCAAUUAUGCAUGACAAAUCGCCUCCCUGAGCUAAAAGAGCAUGACAAAUUCCAUUUGUCACGCUAAGGAACUUUGUAAUGCGAUUUAUACUAGUACGAUGCUUGUUUUGCAUUCCAUACCAGGAAUUGUUGCGCAACAGUAGUGCCAAAUCUUCGAAGGAGAAAACGGUCAGUGGUCGACAUCAUCAGGAAGUGCUGGCUGGAGUACAGCGUACCUCCAACAGCGCCUUCGACCGGACCUCCUGCAUCGGGGUGGCUGUCCCGUAUGAGAAUGCACAAAUCAUCGCCCCCAUCGUGCUCUCUUGCAUUUGUCGUUCAAUAGAAGACGAAGUCGAAGUCCACGUUUUACAGCCCCAUAAUGGCCGCAUGGCUUGAAUGACAGGCUUUGGAUGAAGCCAAAAGAUGAACAACAGUAGAAGACUUAUUUCAUGUGAUGUUGAACUACAACAAAUACAAUCCGUCAUGCAACUACUAAAGCCACAGCAUAAGCAUUCUUGGUGGCACUUUCUUGCGUAGAAGUUGCUAUGGACGAUGCCAUGUAACUGAAAAGGGAGCGGGACGUUCUUCUGCAAUCUCAUACCGCGAACAUUGACACGUUUUUGUGCCCGGACGACGAGAUUCGGGUGAAUUUUUCAGCGACGGAAGGAAAUCGGAGCGGCUUCAACUCGUCCAGUACGGGACGAGAACGAACGCCCUUUUUCAAGGCCGGAGGAAGUCUUUUCGACAGAACAAACACGAGCGGAAUUAUGAGUGGCAGCAACAGAAAGGAACAAGACGACGACGAUCAAGAGCAAGAAAUCGAGUACGUGUUACCCGAAAGCUAUGGAUGUGUCAGGAUUGAAAUUGACACAGUUGGAAUGAUUUGCCAUGCAUAAAAUGGAUGCCAGUUGGAACCCAGUUUCCAAGUGACGCAUGACAAAUUUUGGCGGUUCUGAACACCAGUCACAGUCUGUCAUGCUGUUUGGGAAAAGACGACUGAUUCUCUCAUGCUACUUUAGCAGCUCGAGCUCUAACCCGAAGCAGGCUUACAAUCGGCUUCACUUGCCUGCUCUGCAACACACGCGCCUCGCGUCACGCAUUUUCUGCAGUACAAAUUAUUUCAACUUUGACGAUUUCGAUCCUGACACACCCAUAAAAGCACUAACCAGAUUCCAUUGCCGGAAACUUUCCAAACUUACAUGCGGGAGACGGGAACCUUAUGAACUGCAAAAGUAUCGUGCUCGUAUAAAUGCAUUACAAAUUUCGAUUUCCUCAGCAUGAGAAAUGAAAUUUGUCAUGCGGAUUUACCUUAAGAAAAAAAUUUGUAAUGCAAGACUUGCAUUUAUACGAGUACGAUACUUUUGCACAGGAUAAACCUGGGUGCCGCGGGCCGAGUUUCUGAAGCAAAUCAACACCCUAUCACAAGAAAAAGUAUUAACGUUUUUAACGGUUUUCACAGAAGAUGGCAGUCAUGCUUUACAAAUUUUGUCUUCCAUGCUCAUGCAUGCUAUGCAAUACAAAUUUGCGCACCUUUUGUUCUGAUGCAUCACUGCAUUACAAACUCCGUUAAGGGUAAGAACACUUUUUCUUGUGAUACACCCCGCGGUACGGAAACUACAGCAUCGCAGCGUCAGAAGUGGUAUCAAAUGCAAAUAUGUCUGGGUCUGGAAGAUUGCGAGAUUUGUCAUGCUGAUCUGGCAUGGCCCUGAAAUCUGUAUUGCGUGGCCACAAACAGCCUCUCUCGCCUGUCAUGCAAAAACGGAGUUUCUUAUGCGGAAUACGCAGCACAGAAACACGAAGCAGCUUGUCAUGCUUGGCGGCGCAACAUUACAGUGCAUUUGUUAUUUUCUAACUUGCAUUCCAGACCCAGACAUUUUUGCAAUCCAUAAUUGGAUUUGCUCGAAAACCACGGGAGGACAUCUUCUACAUACCAAACUACAGCAGUUGGCCUUCUACCAGUCAUCCAGGAAAAUUCGGCUACGACGAUUUCCGGUCUUUAUCAAACGCAGAGAAAUGUGUUGUACAGUCUGGGUCUAGAACAAAAUUGUGAUGUGGAGUUGUGAAUCUGAAUGACAAUGACUGGCGCAAUAGAAGUUGUGAGGGCAGCCAUAGAUGUGAAGUUUUUAGGGCGCUCUAUGAUUGUGCCUAGUAGCGCGCAUGACAAACUAUUUUAGCUUGUUGAGACAAUAUUGUUGUGGCUUCAACAUUUACAGAUUUUUCAGAAGUGCCAGCCAAGCAAUACAGAUUUUCUCCCACUUCUGCUUCUCCAGACCCAGACGUUUCUAUAUUUUCAGGGGAUAACAUUACCACGCCACCGACAACAGCCACGCCGAGGGGCGGAAUUAGUAGCACAGCGAC